UGUUUGUUAAAUUAAAGCUACAAACUUUCCCGCGUUUUCUGCUCCUAAACCCAGCUCCUUCAGCUUCAGCUUCGCAGCAAUAGAGCGCGAAAAUGGAGUCAUGGGUUCCACUCUUCAAGAUCUUCCUCAACUCCCCAACUCCCGAAACCGAAGCAUCUCAAUGGUUGCAACAGUCUUUCAAUGCCUCAUCAACCACAGCCCCAAUUACCACAAGCUCUUUCCUCUCCUUGCUCUCAAAGCCCAGCGACGCCAUUGUCAUCGAAGACGAUGACUCUUCGUCUCCCACGCUUCCUCGGACAAAGCGGGUCAUGUUUAUAGAGACUUUACCCACUACGGUGCAAUCGCGGAUUCUCUCUUUUCUUGCUUAUGAGCGUCAGAGGUUUUGCAAGAGGGACUUGUCGAGGCUGGCCCAGAAUGUGUUGAGUGGGAAUCAGGAGCUUGAUUUUUGGGUCAAGAGGGCUGCACGCAAUCUGCUCGAUUUAUUGUCUGAGUCGAAUUACGAGUGGAUUUCCUGUUUGAAUUUGGAUUCUGGGGAGGAAGGCGUGGAUGAAGAGUUUGAAUCAUUACCGGGUUGGCUUAAGGAGGCAGCUGCGGAAGCCAAUGAUUUGAUUCUCCCUUGGCUUCCUAUUUUGCCAGACGAAUUUUGUUCAGUGACGCCUUUUGGUAGUUGUGAAGUUAGUGUAGAUUCGUCGAAGCAAGAUGGAGAGGAUGGCAAAGAAGAGGUGAAUGAAGUUGUGGAGGAAAUGGAGAUUGAUUGUCCUGCAAAUGUCCCUCUUGAUCCUGUAAUUCAUGAGAAGGCUACUUGUUUGAAAGCUAGGAUUAUGAAUUUUGAAUCUUCUUUGAAAACUGUGGGUUUAGCUGAUGAAAUUCGCCAACUUUGCUUGGACAAGGGCAGAGAUUCUUUUGUGGUUUUGGGUCUCAUUGAACCUUGGCUGGCAGAUGAUGAGACUGCUUCAGUUUUAAUUUCACAUCUUGUGAAUGAAAGUGAAGAAGAGCUUGGUUGGCCGAGCCAGGUUCUAUGCUCAGUAAUCCUUCCCAAGUUGUUAUUACUGGAAGUACCAGCUUCUCGUGUACUUGUGGCUGCAAUAAUGGAAUAUUGUAAGCUUCAUCCGAAAGCAGCUGUUUAUGCACUCUUGUUUCCGUUGAUUCUCCAUAGAGAAGGCAUAAAUAAUCCCAUAUGUGAUGUGAUCACAAGGAUCAUAAGGGAAUGUUUGCACCCAGCUCAUGUUUCUGCUUUUUGCCAGAAGCUAUUGUGUGGAGAAAAGGACGAGAGGAGGCUUAUCUGUCUUCCCUGCCACCAACGUUUAAUAUCUGGUGAAUUGGUAUGGACAGAAUCAUUGUUUAACCUGUUCCAAAUCAUAUUAAAUCAUAAUGUUCAUUUGACUCAAGAUUCAGUUGAUCAUAUUGUUUACCAGGUUCAGCAAUUGGCUGAAAAUUUUUCCAAAUCUCUAAAAUUUGGACACUUUUUGUUAUGUUUAGUCACCAAAUGUUCUCCAUUAUUGAAACCUCAUAAGCUCUCACUGAUUGAAGCUGUUGAGAACACCAGUACUCUUGUGACCAAAUCUGUAUUAUCUAAAUUGUCUAGCUUGUAGCUAGUCUUUUAAAUAUCAGGAUAUUUAUUGUUGCUGUUAGCUUCA